AUGGCUUUCGCAUUUGUGUUCCGGGGCGUGGAGGCGAGUGAUGCCUUCUCAGAACACCUACUGGGCGUCGAGAGGUCGGUGGAAUUUCUGCUAUCGCCCCGGCUCGGGCAGGCGUACCAGCACCUUAAGGAGCACGGGAGCAACCUCCCCCUGGUGGGCAGGGCGGUUUUCCUGCCGUCGGUGGAGGCCGCGGAGGGGGUGACGCGGUUCUUCCUCGUGGUGGUGCAGGCGCCUCUUCCCUCGGCGGAGAGCGUGGCCAACGUGGCGGAGGUCCACGAGGUGUCUAUGGACGUGGGGAAGCGGGGCCUCCGCGUGGCCUUCCGUGAGCUGUACUUCUACAUGGACCUGAUCGACCAGCAGAUGACGCGCACCAUGACUCGAGCACAAUGGGGUAUCCUCGGGUACGGUCCCUACGCCGACCUGCCCCUAAAGCGAAGAGAGGAGGUAGUGGACAGGGCGUGCGAGAAGUACCUGUCGCUGGAGCAUCCCAUACAGCGCUACGAGUUUCUGGCGCACAUCCGCUGGCACAACGCGGCCCUCCACGACGACCUGGUCCAAACGGGGCUGCUGCGGGCGAGAGCAAACGCCAUUCAAGGAGGCGAGCAUAUAAGAACGCUUGGGUCCUUUUUCGUCCCCUCCUCCCCUCCUUUGGUGACCUCUGUAAGAUUGAUUGUGAUGCCGGCAUCAGCAGGGGAUGAAGAUGCGCAAGGCACCGGAUCGUCGGAGCCCACCGCUUCUGCUGCCAACACGACCAGUGCUGGCGACCUUCCCGCGACCACCGCCGCUGCAUCUUCCCCUUCGCCCUCCCCCUCCCCGUUUGCCGGCGAUGCCUGGCUGGAUGCGGACGCUGUUUGGAGAAGACAGGGCGCGACAACCACAAGUUGCAAAAGCAGCAGGGUUACACCCGAGGACAAAGGCGACAGCAAGAGAGAUGGCGACAAGCGCGCUUCUUCCUCCCUCCCCUGCCGCUACUACCUGGAGGGAGUGGUCACGGGGGAUGUUUCCGAGAGCCGCGUGGGGUGGUUUCGGAGAUCCGGGGGCGCGUGGACGUCCCUUCCGGCCGGAGAAGGGGACGGAGGGGGGCCGUGGGAAGCGUUCUCAGCCAGGGAGGGUUCCAAGGUCGGCCGAAUCAAGAGGUGCGGCGGCACUUGGUCCAUGUCGAAGCACAUCAACGGUGUACACAGCGCGGAAGUUGUCGCUCGUGGCACGCCGACAACGGCCAGACCAUCCUGGACAGCACGAUCGAGACCGAACCACAUUUUGGAAAACCUCCCUGAAGUGGAUUCUUAUGGCGUACAAGGGCACGAAUAAGUACAAGUUAGUAUCAGAGUAGCAGAUGACGGUGUGUGUACUGCAGCAGUGUGCAUACAAUCGGGACCUACACACACACUUUGAGUCAUCUAGCUGCUGACAGUAUGGCUGUUGGAUCUUGGGAGUGCACGAUUCUCAAAUUGGGAGAUGCAGCAUACCACGAUAUCCUGGCUUCGGCUGGGCUUGAAAUAAUCCUUUUGCUCUCCUCCGCUCUUUGCAUCAGUGGCUUCCUAGAUUCGAGCGAGGGCAUUUGUGUAGCUGAGAUGUGUGUCUACGUGAAAGAACAUGUAGAGAGAGUCGUAUUGGCAUUCGCAUCAAGCGCAUUGCGCAUUUUUCGAAUUUUGGCCCCCUUCCAGGGACCUUGAUUUUCACCCGCUGGCACUGACGUCUAUUAAUUGGUCAGCCGGUUAGCG